GAAAAACUAAAAAAAAAAAAGAAAGAAAGAAAGAAAGAUAAGCUAGCCUUGUAUUUUUCGGUAUAUAUAUAUACAUACGAUGUGUCUACCCUAGGUAAUUUCCGUUCUCGUUUCUGUUUCCGUUUCCCGUUUUCCGUUCGUUUAAGUCACGAAACUCCGGGCGCACACCCGGAGCUGGCUCGGGAACCGGCCUCGAUUUUCGUAACAUGUGCCUCUGGUGUGUGUGUCGACAGCUCGGGCAUCGACAAUAAUCCGACGGUGUUUUAUCGGCUAAUGCCUGGCUCCACCGCGCAGACCAACAAGUUUCACACGUUUUACCUUCAGCAACGGGCUGAGAAGUCUGUCACCUGGGCGGACAUCAAGGUGAACCAUCAGCUGGACUACGAGAGCAUAAAGGAGUACAAUCUGACGAUACGAGUCGAGAACAAUGGUGCCCAGCAACUAGCCUCCGAAGCGACGGUGUACAUCGUCCUGGAAGACGUUAACGACGAAAUACCUUUGUUCACCGAACGCGAGCAAGAAACUGUACUGGAGGGCGAACCAGUUGGCAGUAAGGUUACUCAAGUCAACGCGAUUGAUAAGGAUGGCACUUUCCCGAACAAUCAGGUGACGUAUUACGUGGUGGACAGCGACAGGAACGAGGGGAAGGAUUACUUCGAGAUCAACAGAGAAACCGGCGAGAUCUUCACGAAGGUGAUGUUCGAUCGCGAAAAACAGGGCGCUUACGCGCUGGAGGUGGAGGCCAGGGACGGCGCGCCAUCCGCGAGACCCAACAGCAACGGCCAGCCGAAUUCCGUGACGAAAUUCAUUCGUAUUGGAAUAGCCGACAAGAACGACAAUCCGCCUUACUUCGACAAGGGCCUCUACGAGGCUGAGGUAGACGAAAAUGAGGAUAUCCAGCACACGGUACUCACUGUCACCGCCAAAGAUCACGACGAGUCCUCGCGUAUUCGAUAUGAGAUUACGAGCGGUAACAUAGGCGGUGCAUUCGCCGUGAAGAAUAUGACUGGCGCCAUCUACGUCGCAGGUGCAUUAGAUUACGAGACGAGGAAAAGGUACGAGCUCCGCCUCACCGCGUCCGACAACCUGAAAGAAAAUUACACGACAGUCGUGAUACACGUGAAGGACGUGAACGACAAUCCGCCUGUCUUCGAACGACCGACUUACAAAACGCAGAUCACAGAGGAAGACGACAGGACCCUGCCUAAACGCGUCCUCGGGGUCACAGCGACCGACGGCGACAAGGACAGGCCGCAGGACAUCGUCUACUUUUUAACUGGCCAGGGCAUCGAUCCUGACAAUCCGGCGAACAGUAAAUUCGACAUCAACCGCACCAGCGGUGAAAUUUACGUUCUAAAGCCGCUGGACAGGGAUCAGCCAAAUGGGCGGCCGCAGUGGCGAUUCACUGUAUUUGCUCAAGACGAGGGCGGGGAGGGCUUGGUUGGGUAUGCUGACGUUCAGGUGAACCUGAAGGACAUCAACGACAAUGCGCCCACGUUCCCACAGGGCAUUUAUUUCGGGAACGUCACGGAAAAUGGAACGGCAGGCAUGGUCGUGAUGACCAUGACAGCGGUGGAUUACGAUGACCCAAGCGAGGGUACAAACGCCAAGCUGAUCUACUCGAUCGAGAAGAACGUCAUCGAGGAGGAGACCGGUUCGCCAAUCUUCGAAAUCGAAUCGGAAACCGGCGUGAUAAAGACGGCGGUAUGCUGCUUGGACAGAGAACGUACGCCGGAUUAUUCUAUACAGGUGGUAGCGAUGGAUGGAGGGGGGUUAAAGGGGACGGGGACGGCGUCUAUACGAGUGAAAGACAUAAACGACAUGCCGCCGCAAUUCACGAAGGAGGAGUGGUUCACCGAAGUGGAUGAAACGGAGGGUCCAGAUCUGCCGGAAAUGCCGAUUCUCACGGUCACCGUGCACGACGAGGACGAGACCAACAAAUUCCAGUACAAGGUGAUUGAGAGUAGCGGUUACGGUGCUGACAAGUUCACCAUGGUGAGGAACAACGACGGCACUGGCUCGUUGAAGAUCGUGCAGUCGUUGGACUACGAGGACCAAUUGCAGAGCAACGGUUUCAGAUUUAGGAUACAAGUGAACGACAAGGGCGAGGACAACGACAACGACAAGUACCACGUCGCUUAUUCGUGGGUGGUGGUGAAGCUGCGCGAUAUAAACGAUAAUCAGCCCCAGUUCGAGAAGGCGAACAUCGAGGCUACGGUGCCGGAGAAUGCUCGCAUUGGAAGCAGCCUGCAGACGUUCACGGCGACGGAUCCUGACCAAGGUGGCAAGAGCAAGGUGUUCUACUCGAUCGAUAGGAGCUCCGACCGUAAGAGGCAAUUUUCCAUCAACGAAAACGGCACGGUGUCCAUUCAAAGGAGCCUCGACCGGGAGGAGACCCCCAGGCAUCAGGUGAAAAUUCUGGCCAUCGACGACGGGAUCCCGCCGAAGACAGCGACGGCCACGUUGACGGUGAUCGUGCACGACAUAAACGACAAUCCGCCGCGAUUCCUCAAGGACUACAGGCCAGUGUUGCAGGAACACUCGCAGCAGAAGAAAGUAGUCGAGAUCUCAGCGACGGACGACGACGAUCGAUCAAAGAGCAACGGCCCGCCGUUCACUUUCAGAAUGGACCCGAAGGCGGACGACGUGAUUCGUGCCAGUUUCAAAGUUGAGAGCGAUAACAAGGGAGCGAACGGGGAUGGCAUGGCCAUUGUGUCGUCGUUACUGUCGUUCAACAGAGAACAACAAAAGGAAUACUUGAUACCGAUCGUUAUCAAGGACACGGGCACACCGUCGAUGUCUGGGACCAGCACCUUAACGGUUAUCAUCGGCGAUAUUAACGACAACAAAAUGCAACCUGGCUCGAAGGACAUUUUUGUAUAUAACUAUGCAGGACAAUCGCCAGACACAGAGAUAGGCAGAGUUUACGUGUUCGAUUUGGACGACUGGGACCUGCCGGACAAAAAGUUCUACUGGGAGGGUUUGGAGCAUCCGCAGUUCAAGCUGGACGAGGACACCGGUAUGAUUUACAUGAAAUCGGGCACUCACGACGGUAGAUAUCAUCUGCGUUUCAAAGUCUACGACCGGAAGCACACGCAGACCGACGUACCGGCGAACGUGACGGUCACAGUGAAGACGAUUCCUCACGAAGCAGUGUUAAAUUCCGGAUCGGUUCGAAUAUCCGGCAUAACCGACGAAGAUUUCAUUCGCGUUUGGGAUUACAAAUCACAGACUAUAUCGCGUAGCAAGGCGGAACUGUUUAGAGACAAAUUGGCGCAUCUGUUGAAUAUCGACAGAGAGAACGUGGACGUGUUUAGCGUUCAGUUGCGCAGGAUGCAUCCGCCGUUGACGGACGUCAGAUUCGCGGCGCAUGGGUCGCCGUAUUACAAGCCUGUGAGACUAAAUGGAAUCGUGCUGAUGCAUCGUGAAGAGAUCGAGAAUGUAGUCGGCAUCAACAUAACGAUGGUGGGCAUCGACGAGUGUUACUACGAGAACGAGGUUUGCGAGGGCAGUUGCACGAACACGUUGGACAUCAGCAGCUUGCCGUACAUGGUCAAUGCGAACAGAACCGCCCUGGUUGGCGUGCGAGUGGACGUGAUCGCCGAAUGUACAUGCGGCGCGCGAAACUUCAGCAAGGGCGAAUCCUGCAGAAGCAGCCCCUGUUACAACGGCGGUCGUUGCGUGGAGGGUCGAUUUGGAUUGUCGUAAGU